AUGGUGAGCCCCAAUGACGGAAGAACUGUCCCAAAUGAUAAAGGGGCAAAGAUGCAGACGUCACUGGCAGCUGCCCCACGUGUUCGUACCACUGAAGAUCAUUCCAAGUUAAAAUUACCAUUUCCACCAACAAACAACGGUCUCAUGAUGGAAGUGGUGUCAGAAUUCGAACAGACAGACAAAUCAUUUUGGGUACCUAAAAAUUAA